CCCCAGUGUCAGAAGUAAUCGACUCUUUCUUUAGACAUACAUUUAUAUUUCGUUAUCGCUUUCAACCAGCUGAAUUAGUAAAAUAAAAGUUAUUAAACUUGUAAAAAUUAUAGUGGAUCCAGCUAGUAAAGACUGAGCAGAUUCUGCUACAUCGCGGCCCCUAGCGAAAUCCUUAAGAUACCCUUUUAAGAUACCCCUUUGAAAAAUGCAUCCAUCCGGCAGGAACAGUGGUCGGAGUGCCGCUGCGGUGCCCACGCAGCACAGUCGAGGGCACACCGUCUCUGGGGUCACAGUGCGUUCCAAGUUGGCGGCACCUCUAUCGACGCAGACGGCGGGAACACGCAGAGCUGUUCACGGCGGAGCCGGCGAUGGAGGAUCCGAUGCGGCUUGGAAGCAGCCAGGUCGUCGUCUGGCCAAUGCUAGUCCGCCUUCUCGGCUGGUCCAGCCCACCAUAGCCUCGUCGCUGAGGGCCAGCACUUACAGGCAGGCGGCAAAGCAGCAGUUCGAGCAAGCGGCUCAGGAGAAGGAGAAGGCCACAACGGGCAGUUCCCCGUCAAAGGGCACCGAAACGGAGGUCAAGAGGCCACCCAGGCAGCGGGUGAUGACCCAAGCGGCCAAACAGGCGGCCCGGGCCCGUCUCUGGCCAACCAAACCGGCGGGCGGAGGCUACACCUCGAACCUGCGCAGGAAUAGGCUUCCAGUGCCCGAGGAACCUGCUCCCUUGGCGGAUAGCGAGGCCUUGCUGGAAAGGGCGGAGGCCCCGGAGAGCAGGCCCCAGGAGCUGCUCGAAGCGGGCAUCCAGACCAACGAGGCGGAGAUCCUCGACCAUGGACUAGUCCUCGGCGAAGUCAGGAGGGUGUGCCCCUCGAUGCAGCUGGUGGAGCAGAUCGAACGGGAGCGGCGCGAACUCAAGGCGAAGACGGAGCGCCAGUCGAAGCGCAGCUUCGCUGCCCACGAGCAGCAGGAGGAGCUGCAUCUGGACGAGCUGAAAGAGUUUUCCUUGCGUAACGCCGUGACCAAGCGCACUCCCAAGAAGCCGCCACCGAUCCAGUACGCCUCCUACGACAACCAGUACCAGAACGUGUUCAAGUCCAUGGACGACUUCUUCACCCGAGUGCAGUCUUCUGUGCCCAAGUCCGAGUCUGUGACCAACAUCCAGGAGCGCAUUAAACGCAAGGAGCAGGAGCUGCUGAGCCUCUUCGAUAACGUUGACCUGAACGACUGAACCCCGAAACGGAUUAAAUUCCAUACCAGUGAUUUCUCAAAUUGUUUGUGUAGUAUUGUAAAAGUAAAGGUACAACAAAGGAUUUUGGUAUUCCAUUUUAAAAUAAAGUACCGAAUAUAAAAUUUA